AUGAGCCAUCCAAAUAUUGAACAGUUUGUUGGCUAUUGUGAUGAAGCAGAGUAUGGUGAAUACAAUGGUGAGUGGCGUGUUUAUAGAAUUCUAUGCUAUGAAUACUUGGAGGGUGGAAGCCUUGACAAGUAUCUCAUAGAAUGGGACCAGGUGGAUGCGUGCAUCAGAUUAGCAAUAAAAUGUGUGGACCAAGAAAGGGACAAUAGACCCACUGCGGAAGAAAUUGUGCAUAUUCUGAAGGAGAAUGAGAAAUUGUUGCCGGUGGAGUACUGGGCACCCUUUGUAAUGGGCAAGGAAGAAGCUUCUUGUAUAAAUCUUAUGAAGCAAUUUGGUGAUAUGGAUAUGCAUGGAGACCAUGAAACGGAUACGCAGACAACAUCCACACUUGAUCAUAUGUCGUUACAAUAUCUGAAAGACAUCACAAACAACUUCUGCAAUGAGAGAAUACUUGGUAGAGGUGGUUUUGGUGUGGUAUAUAAGGGAGUGCUAGGAAACGGGAAAAUGGUUGCAGUGAAGAAGCUUGCACAGUCUAUGUCAAACUCAUUGGAGCAAUUUGAGAAUGAGAUUAAUCUUCUUAUGAAACUAAAGCACCCAAAUAUAGUGCAACUAGUAGGCUACUGUUACGAAACACAGCAUUUACGUAACUAUCAUGAAGGAAAAUUCAUUUUUGCUUGGAACACCGAAUGUUUGCUUUGCUUGGAAUUUCUGCCUAAGGGAAGCCUUGAUAAGUACAUUUCAGAUACAUCUUCCGGACUUGAUUGGCCCACACGCCACCAAAUAAUUGAGGGGAUUUCCUAUGGUCUACAGUACCUCCACGAGCAACCCGAAGGUCCGAUUAUUCACUUGGACCUAAAACCAGCGAACAUACUGAUUGAUGUAAAUAUGAUACCGAAAAUUACAGACUUUGGUCUGUCAAGAAUGUUUGAUAAAAAAACUAUCCACACCGCAAUCACGAGUGGAACAUUAGGUUAUAUGCCGCCGGAAUAUGUACGAGGUAUAAUCACACCUAUGUCAGAUAUAUUCAGUUUGGGUGUAAUUAUCAUGGAGGUAAUAACGGGACACAGGGACUACCCAUAUGAUAUUAGAGAAUCUUCCAUGGAAUUCAUCGAGCUUGAACUGCAAAAAUGGAGAAAUGUGAUGCAAAAAGAACCAGUGUAUACAUCGCUUGAAAUAUAUUGCCAACAAAUAACAAGAUGUAUCCAGAUAGGUCUAAUAUGCGUGAAUCCUGAGCGGACCAAAAGACCUACAGCGAAGAAAAUUAUUGAUAUGCUUCAAGGGUUGGAAAGUAUGGAUUGGUACAUUAGCAACGAGAUAAUUUCUGCUGUUGCAUUGUCCAAGGCCUUGUAUUCUGCUUCAGUGCUUGAUCUAGACACUGUGGCUUGUUUUCUGGCACACCAUGAUAUAAGGUUGGGUCCAAAAAAUACUGCAAAGCCACCAGUGGAGCGUCUGUCAUCCAAGCAUCCUGCCCAAUCUGAAUCAGAAAAGGCACUAACAAGAGUAGAAGGUGACUUGCUGAAGUUUAGACCAACAUUCAAAGUAUACUUGACAUAUCUAACAAUGCGCUUAGCUGCAGUCAAGUGA